GGGGCUGAGAACAGAGCUAAAAUGAGGAGCCUGACCCCACAUCCACCUGAACGGCAACGUCAACCCUUUGGCGGGGCAACUCUUCAUGGUGUUUCACGCCUGCAAUUCCCUAUACCAGAGCCUCCACCGAUUCCUGAACGCGUAUAAGACACCUUGUUGCCGGGCGGUAAUCGCGGCACCAUGGACCAUUUAACACACGAUGAGUUCUUUAUCAAGCUCGCGGAGCUCUUCAGCUCACGCAAGAACAAAGAUCAUGGGAAAAUCUGCCUGACCCAGAAGAGAUUUUCCUAUGGCCAGGACAUCCCUGAGCCCUCGGCAGCAGACCAUUUCCCGGAUUUGAAUGUUGACGGUCCCUUGCCCGUCCUAGUCCGUGCGUCCAAUGGAAAGUCUAAGCCCAGACGUGCAGAUAAGGUCAAGCUGUCAACCGUUGUCGAGCCCAGCGACCUGGACGCUUUCUACGGGCGGUAUGCCGAGGUAUGCAAGUCGGGUAUGCUCGCCCUGAAGCCGCGCGAUCGUACCAAGAGGAAAGCAAAGGCGAAGAAGAAGAAGGGAGGGGCCCAGCAGGCCGCAGUCGCUUCUUGAGAAUCAUGUUCUGUUGCAACUAGACAGAUAUAUGGCGUAACCCGUUAGGCAAUGAGUUGGUAGGUCUAAAUAUACCGGCUCUCUCUCGUUCUAAAAUGAGAGUAGCAAACGUAUUUGGGCGAAUGGAAGUGAUUGUGCGGUAUUGGCCACCUACGUUAAUCAGGUACCUUACUUAUCACGUUCUGAUCAAAUGGUCUAGGUGCGUUUAUAUCAUAUCAAGGAUGGCGUAAUAAAAGCAUCAUAUGAACGGAGAUCUUGAAGGUUGCGCAGAUCCUGUGAUGAGAUGUAUAUUAUAUUUCGUCUGCUUCAAUGAGGGACUUCUACAUUUAGAUUUUUUGAUGAGAUGUAUAAGUACCUUCAGGCAUUGUAUUAGUAUCAUAUGACGAAACAUUCUAGGAAUAGACCUAAACAGAGCGUUAUAAUAUUUUUACAGGCGUCGGUCAGCAUUAUCUAGGUACCUGUGUGUUUUUAAUCCACUUGACAAUGUCU